AUGGCGCCCAAAACACCAAACUCAAACGGCACGCCAAUCUUCUCAACCUCCAUCUUCUCCUCCAACAACUCCUCCUCCCGUCCCACCACCCGCGAAGGCUCCCUCGAUCCUCUCAACACAAACAUCCUCCCCAAAGACCGCAAGGCUUCCUUCUCGCGCAAAGCCUCCCUCGGUAGCCGUCGCGGGAGCUCUCUCGGAACAAACGCCUACGUGACGGAUGCUGCCGCGCCGCCAGCUCUGCCUGACUACGCACUCUCUGCUGCUGCAAAGGUUGCGCCGCGACCGUCGGAUAGCGAAGCAACCGCUACGCCUAUAGAUCUGCAGAAUCAGAUGUUGAGCCGGAGCGCGACGGGGUCGACGACCCUUUAUGGAGGAGUACCGAGUACGCCGUUGGGCUUUAUGCCGAAUGGCGCUGUGGGAACGUCGGGAAUGUGGCAGCAGAAUGAAGCAAGUAUUAUGUACCACCACAUCACAGAGCUUGCCAACAAGCGCAUAGCAACGCUCGAGUAUCUACGGAAAGCUCACGAAGGCCGUAUAUACUGGUUCAAGACAUAUCUCUUCGACAGGACCGACCUCGGCCGCAUGCCCUCCCUCGACGCUCGAAAGCUCGGCCGAAAAGCAACAAACCACCUCCUCCUCGGCCUCUCCCUCCCCACAAUCGUCGACCUCUACUCCUCCACAUCGAUCGAAUUCCUCCGAAGCUUAAACUCCCUUCUCUCCGAGUUCGAUUCCUUCCAGCAACUCCACGGCGAGUCAUCCACCGCUGCAUCCCUCACCCGCGCCCGUCUGCCCAGCAUGUUCCGUCGCCCGGGCGGUAAAUCGCGCCGCUCGACUUCAGCAGCUGACAUGCACCCCCUGGUCGACGAGAUGGCUCCCAUGCCAUCUGCCGGGGGCCCUGCACCGUCUGUGAUGAACUUUGCAGCUUCCGAGACGGAUCUUCUCCCUGGCGAGGAGUACACAUAUCUGCUGACGCCAUCUUUACCGUUCGAUCCCGAUUACUUUGAGACAUUUGCGACGCUCUGCGAUGUUUUGAUCGAUUGCUACACGAGAUUCCUCGCCCUGGUGCCUUCACCGAAGGAUUGUUCAGCGCCCGUUGCUGAGCUGUUUACGAAAGCGGAUUCCCGAGUACGCAAGAUUAUAGUCCAAGGCCUCGUCCGGGAUUUCGAAGAGCAGAGCCGAAGCCACGUCAAGACCGAGGUUGCCACGAUUGGAAAGGUUGUUCUGGGAGGUUUAAUGUGA